AUGUCACUUGUUCGCAAGAGGCCACUUGAGUCGAAACGUCUCGUUGCUCAGCUGUGCCUCUCCGGAGAGAAAUGCGACGUACAGCUGGCGCAAGCCAGCCAGAUGCACCCCUUCAGGAUGCACAGAGGGGAGAAUCUGCCUGAUUUAUCAUUUCCGACUGACAUGAAGAAUGUGCCGCUGUUCACAGACCAUGUUGAUGCUUCCAGAGACAUUCAUGCACCACAUGGAUCUAUGAUGAUACCUGAACAACCUUUCUUGGGGCCCCUGUAUUCUCCUGCAGAGGCUCUAGACCCAUCAGCCUUCAUUGGCCUGGAUUCAACUGCAGAAUUUCUACAAGACAAAGCAGUGCCUGAAGAACAUUGGAUGGGAGCUCAGCAUGAUGCGAAGGGACCAGAUGCCUCUUUCUUUGUUGAGCCACCAGUGCCCCCCACAGUGACUGAAGCAAUAAAGCCGAAUUUGCCGGAAAGCCCUGCAGCGGUGGCUCCUGGUUUCGUUCCUGCUGCGGUAACCGCAUCCCCAGGAGAGGCUGACGCUACCGAUGGACCAAAAGGUGCGGCAUCAGCAGAUGCAGCGUGUGUUCCUGCCUCAGAUGUCAUGUCCGUUUCUGCAGAACAAGCUGGGUCCGUUCUUGCAGGAGACACCAAGCCUCCUCAAGCUCUGGAUGCUGGAUUUCCACCUACAGCAGAAGCCAGCCCUCUUCAGGCUGUGGAUGUUGGGUUUGCCUCUGCACCAGUAGCCGAGCCUCCUAACGCUGUCAGUGCUGCAUCCGCCCCAGUGGCGGAUACUGGCUUCACCCCAGCAGCAGAUGCCGCGGCCCAUUAUGCUAUGGAUUUGGAGUUUGCCCCAGCAGAAGAUGCAGGGUUUGCCCCAGCAGCAGAUGCGGAAUCUCACCAUGCUAUGGAUUUGGUGUUUGCUCCAGCAGCAGAUGUGGAAUCUCACCAUGCUAUGGAUUUGUUUGCCCCUGCAGCAGAAGUCAACCAUCAUCAUGCUAUGGAUUCUGGGUUUGCUCCUGUAGCAGAAGCCAAGCCUCUUCCUGACAUGGAUUCUGGGUUUGCCUCUGCAGAAGCUAAACCUGUCUCUGCAGCUGACACCAAGGCUGCUGCACCUGAAGAGCUGAUGACAUCCGAGUCUUCUGUUGAGCAAGACAAGUCACCCUUCGACAAGUCUCCCGCAGAAGCAACUGCAAAUGUGGAACAAGAAUUGAAAGUCCCAGAAGCUUGUGUUGAUCUUUUGGAGAAAGCUGAAGACAGCAGACCACCUCCCAGCCACCAUGAGGAGCAUCUUCCAGAACAGACGAACCAUCUUUCAGAACCAACAGUUCCAGUGGAAGCAAAAGAAGCUGUUGCACUAGAAAAUAAAGACCUCCUUCCAGAAAAAUCUGUUACUCCUGUGGAUGUUACCAUUACAGAGAAACAAAAGGAGGAGGCUGAACACAACCAUGUCCAACAUGCAGAACCUCAGCAAGAAAAAACUCUGCAAGAGCCCACAGGUCUACCUACUGCACAAAUAAGGCAAGCUAACAAAUCAAGUGAACGCAGGUUUGGCAGAGCAAAACCUGCACCAGUGCCUAUUGCAGAUGUGCCAGAGGAACGUCUGAUAGGUCUCCCACAACAGAAGAGUACUGCCCCAAAAGUAGACCCCUAUUCUGUAGCGGAACUUGGAUGUGUGGCUGGAACAUCCCCUCGCACUAGGGUUUCACAUAAAAAGGCAACUGAGCAGCCGUCCAGUGUGCUGUCGGAGUUUGUGGAGAGCUGCAGAGAUGUACCAAGGGAGAGCUGGGAUUUGGAAGGUUCCCUGGCCAUUGUGAAGAAAAAGAAAAAGAAACCAAAACAAAAGAGAAACCAGCUGCCAAGAGCAAUGGAGUUCUGGGAUGAAAACGUAACAGUCUCAAAAGCUCCUAGAAACUCUCCAUUUGCUGCUGAAUUGCAAAAACCAGAUGUCCGUCCCGUAACGCCUGCUGAAGCUCGCAAAGAGCAGUCGGUUGCCUCAGGAAGCAGAGCUUCAGAUAUGCCAACCGAUGCUAAAAUAAUAACUGCAAGUCAUAUCCUGGAGGAGCAAAAUGCCUUCUCAGUGCCAGCACCAGCACAGCGGGCCCCAAAACCCAGCAUGCCGCUAGAAUCUGUGUUGGAUGCAAAAAAUGGGGCCGUCAGGAAAACAGAAGAAAUGAGAGGUGACGGUUUGAUGCUGCAGUCUGAAGGCAAAAGAAAAGAGGUUCCCGCGCAGCAAGUAGGCAAGACUAAGGUGGGGGAAUCUGUUACAGCAAAGGUGCCAACCGAGCCUAUGGAAAGAGAUUUUCUUGAUAAAAAUGAGAAGAGGGAGUAUAAAGAGUCAAAAUGUGCUGACCUGACGCCAUCUCUUUCGGGAGCGAACAAUCUAAGCAAAGUAGAAACUCCUUUAGAGACCAAACCUUCAGAAUUGCUCCUUUCUGAUAAAGAGCCCGCGGCCCCGUCGGACAAGCCUCCGCACGAGCCAGAGGCAGCUGGCGAAACUAAACCAGCGUCCUCCGAUAAAUGCGCGCCCGUUAGCGCGGAGGGAGUAACGAAGACUCCAACAGAUACUGCUAAAACGCCUGCUACACCAUCAGUUUUACCAAAACCUGCGGAAGUCACUGCUUUGCGAAACAGAAAGGCUGACAAUUUUUCAGAGCAGCCAUUUCUUCUGUCGGCUCAGGCUGAUGCAACCAACCAUCCCGCCUCUGCAGAGGCGGUGGACAGAGCGAUGGUAGCAGAUUCCCCUGACAGAAACAAAGGGAAAGGAUUUGCUGCGUUAGAGCAGCAGACUGGAAAAGAUCCCAAUAUUGCACAUGGGAUGGACAGACCUAAAAAAAAGCGUGGUGAAGGGAAGGUAAAAAAAAUCAAAAGCUUCUCUGAGCAGACGAUGCUUGCGGAGGAUGUAAGCAGAUUUACUGACGGAGUGAGGACAGCUGAGGCUGUAAAAGAAAGGACUUUCCCUGAUAAAGGCAGAGGUUUUGCUGCACGAGGACCUCCGUCAGUAAGCAUUACACACGCUCAUCCUGCAGACAAGCCAAAAAAAAGAGGUAGUGAUGGAAGAAGUAAAAAAGGCGACAGAAGUUUUUUCCAGCAGCCUUUUCUUGAGAGUAAGAUGGACCCAAGCAGUUUUCCUGAUGUAAUCGAUAAAACUAAGGAAGUUAGUGUUAGUGAUAAAGGCAGAGAGAGAGGCUGCAUUACUGCUGAGUGUUUUCAGGAGAACACAUCAGACGUAACUAAAAUGCAAAGGUCAAUUGAACUGGUAACAGAGAAGCCUAAAGAAAGCGUUGGGAAGAAUGAAAUGGCUGAUUUGGGUGCUGUAGACCAACCUUUCCUGCUGGAGGGUAGGAGAGAGGAAGCAAAGCAUCUUGCUGUGGCUGACACGAUCAGCAAAACAGAAGAGGUAAAUUUGGUUAGUAAAGGCAAAGAGGCUGGAAUCACUGCUGCAGGUGAAUCAGUUGUGAUAAGUUCUGAUGCCGCACUGGUGGCAGACAAACCUAGAAAGAGGUGUAGUGAUGGGAAAAGAAAAAAACCUGAAAAAAGUCCUUCGGGGCAGGCAGCUGUUCUGGAUGCUGGGGUGGAAACAAGCAGUCUUCCAAGCAAAGAGAAAGUGGCUGGAAGCACAAAAGAAAUGACCUCUGAUAAAGAUACGGUGUCUGGUUUUGAAAGAGAGCUUUUGCUGGAGAAUCUGACAGGUAUAACCAAAGAGGUGCUGGAAAAGCCUGAAAUACAGGCUGGCAGUAGAAGUUGUUUCUCUAAUCAGCCGGUUCUUUCAGGUCAUAAAAUAGAGACAGCAGAGCCAGAAAUAGUCAACACUAAAGAAACUUGGCCCGUGAAUAAAGGUAAGGAACCAGAUAGAUCUGAGCCUCUCCCAGAGCACAGGGCAGAUGCGGCCGUGGCACACAGUCCCGCCACGGAACUGGUGAUGGACAAGCCUAAGAAAAAAAGUAGAGAAGUGAAAGGCAAAAAGGCUGAAAACAGUCUUGAGCCCUCUGUUGCACUGCGUCCAGGCAACAUCCCUGCAGUAGGUGAAGAGGUGGGAAAUACUAAACACGCUCAGUCGUUUGAUAAAGGCAGAGAGACUAAUUCCAGUACUUCAGGGAGUCUGCUAGGUGACCUAACUGAUACUGCUAAAGUACCAGCUCCUGCUCUACACCCAAGUAGUAAAGAGAAAGGCAAAAAGGUGGAGGCUAACCUGCAGCAGCCAUGUCUUCUGGAGCAUAAAGGAGGUGCAGAGAUGUUUCCUCCUCGGCACAUGGAGACAAGUGACAAACCUGAAGCAGAAAGUCCCGCUCCUUGCAGCACGGGGGGUGGACUUCCUAUCCUAGAGCAUCCAGCAGUGGCAGAUCACACUUUGGCCACAGUUACUGAUAGAUCUAAAAAGAGGGGUUAUGAUGGAAGUAGUAAAAAGGCUAAAAAUGCCUCUGAGCAGCCUGGUUUUCUAGAGCCAAGAACAAACAGGAGAGAAGUACAGCCUCCCGUAGGAUCGGAGAUGGAAUACGGAAUGGAAGACAUGGAUUUGGUAGAUGAAAACAGAAAUAUUAAAAACUUUCCCAUUGGCCCUCAAAUGGUUUGGGAUAAUAAAGGAAGCGGCUUUGAGUCCUUUGCUCAGACUGCAGUAAGCGGCUCUGCUAACACUGGCAAUGUUUCUUCUGGCUUCCCAAAGCAGGCGGAUGAGGGUGCGAGAAGGAAGGGGCUUCCUCCUCCCGAAGCGGUGGCAGAGAGCAGCAGCAGCAGCAAAGAGCCUGCAUCGGGUGCUGAGGAGGAGACACGGGCGCAGAAGUCGUGCAAGCGACCCGUCGGUGUGGGAGACGAAGAGCCUGGAAAAGACGUUUCAAAGGAAGGUGGUAGAACCACAGAGGCUGGUUCCCAGGAUGGGGGCGAGGCAGGUCAACCACUUCCUUUGGACCAUUCAGUUAAACAGGACGUUAAGUCAAAGAAAGACGGAGUUCACCUUUCUCCCGUUGCAAAGGUGGAUGAUAAAGAAAUAAGAACCACUGAUAAAAACCGAAACGCUGACGGCGCUUCCUCAGACCUCCCUCAGAAGGUGGCAGGUUCAAAAAAUAGGCCAGCUCUUGUAGAUGCCAACGGGACGGAGAGACGCGAAGCAGCCAUCUCCAAAGGGACGGAGAGACGCGAAGCAGCCAUGGGCGAGCGGGACGCUGGGUGCGCUUCCCCAGAGCUCGCGGCGGCACCCGAGAGCGGGGCAGGAGCUGCCGUGUCGCAGGCUGCGGCAGAAGCGCUGGCGGAGGGUAAAGCUGGAGAGGCUGAGCUGGGUGGAGGCAAGAAGAGCGCGCAGAGCUCGCUGAAGUACCCGGGCAGUCUGGACAAUAAAGCGGUUGAAGCAGAGCAUGCUGGUGUAGAUCUGACAGCUGCCCAACCAACCAAAGCAAGUCCCAAAGAUGAGGAGAGAGGUCAUUCCCAGCCUGCAGAAGAGGGUGCUGCUCGCGGUGGGGAAGCUCACCUGAAGGAUGCUCCGGCGUUGAAGCCUGAAGGAGAUAAACCUGAAGCCGCCACUAAAGAGAAAGACGAGGAAUGUGAACAAAAAGCUGUGAAGGAGGCGAAGAAAGAGCGCGUUAAAGCAGCAGAACAGAUCAAAGGCUACAUGAGACCCACCAAGUCAAGAGGGGUGCCACCUCUGCCAGCCAGGUCUGCUGCUCCAGAGCGAGAGAAGCAAAGGCAGCCGAAACCCGCUGGUAUGAGCCGGCAGCGGCAAGAACAAGCUUCAAUGCGAACGCUGUCGGGGCGGGGCUGCCGAGGAGCGCGGGCGGCAGAGCCGGCCCCUGGCACAGCUCCGGGCAGUCUCGUGGUGACCGUGCAACGCCUGGGCCGAGUGACAAAGCGUAAGCUGCGGUCGAGCUCGUAG